AAUGCAUUUCUCAGAGCGUGGUCGGUUUGUAGAGGUUUGGAAUAGCGUUUUCUUUUAUAUGUCGUAUAAUAACCCUUUAAGGCAAUAUUCUUAAAUCAUCAUACAUACUUUACAGUUUACAUAUAUCUCUAAUAAGACAAAAAUCGUCGUGAGGAUCUGUGUAUUGAGCUAUUUUUUUUACAGUCUAUGGUAUUGAGCCACCGAGCGCCUCCUGCAGGAAUACACGAGCUCUGUCUCAUUAGAAACAGCAGUUUUGCGCUCGAUGUGUGUUUCGAUCUCGCGAUCUUGACACAUGUAAACACUCCCAGCUCUGUCUCUGUCCUUCUCUCCGAACCGAGCUGACCAUGCGGCUCCGGGCCUGCUGUGUUUACAGCACUGGACUGAUCUGCAUUCUGCUGUUAAUCGCAGGGAUCGCGAUGGUUUUGUCGGAAGUCUUUCAGAAGCUCUUAAACAACAGAAUAAAGGAGCAAAUAAUUCUAGAGAAUGGAACAGAAGCGUUUUCGGUGUGGCAGAACCCGCCGCCACCAGUUUACAUGCAGUUUUACUUCUUUAAUGUGACCAAUCCAGCAGAGGUUCUGAACGGAGACAAACCCUCGGUCAUAGAGAUCGGCCCGUACACCUACAGGGAGUAUCGACCGAAAGAGGAUGUGAAAUUUAUGGAUAACGGAACCAGAGUGGAAGCUGUCAAUCCAAAAACAUAUGUGUUCGAGCCUGACAUGUCACGCGGCUCCGAGGACGACAUCGUGCGCACGGUCAACAUCCCCGCUGUGACCGUGAUGGAGACAUCCAAAGACAGCUUCCUCAGACGAUUAAUCUUUGACCUGAUGGUAUCCAAAGGCGUGGGUGUGUUCGAGACGUUCAGGGUGGGCGACCUCCUGUGGGGUUACGAAGACCGGCUGCUCAAAGACCUCAAAACCUUUUUGCAUGAGGUGGAAGACCACUUCGGACUUUUCUACAAGAAAAACGGCACAGAUGACGGGGAUUAUGUGUUCUUCACGGGGAGGCAGAACUAUCUGGACUUUGCUCGUAUAAACGAGUGGAACGGACAGAGUGCGUUAAACUGGUGGAGUUCAGUCGAGUGUAACAUGAUCAACGGCACCGACGGAGCCUCUUUCCAUCCCAUCAUCACAAAAACUGAGAAACUCUACAUAUUCUCCUCUGAUCUGUGCAGGUCUCUGUACGCUCUGUACGAGUCUGAUGUGAGUGUACACGGGGUUCCUGGUUUCCGCUUCGUUCCUCCCAGCGAGGUUUUCGCUAAUCUUACGGUUAACCCGGACAACGCAGGCUUCUGUGUGCCGACGGGAAACUGUCUCGGCUCCGGCCUCCUCAACGUCAGCGUGUGCAAAGAAGGUGCACCCAUCAUUAUGUCCUCGCCUCAUUUCUACCAGGCGGAUGACAAAUUUGUCCAGGAUGUUUUGGGGAUGAAUCCCAAGAAGGAGGAGCACGAGACGGUCAUUGACAUCAACCCG